AUGGCGUCAUCGUCGUCGACGCAGCCGAGCAGCGGCGGCAGCAACACCAUGACCAUGCCACUCGACGACAACCCGCAGCGCCAGGAGGAGGAGGCGGAGACGGAGCUCCGGCGCGGCCCCUGGACCGUCGACGAGGACCUCACACUCGUCAACUACAUCGCCGACCACGGCGAGGGCCGCUGGAACUCGCUCGCCCGCGGCGCCGGGCUGAAGCGGACGGGGAAGAGCUGCCGGCUGCGGUGGCUGAACUACCUCCGGCCGGACGUGAAGCGCGGCAACUUCACCGCCGACGAGCAGCUGCUCAUCCUCGACCUCCACUCCCGAUGGGGCAACAGGUGGUCCAAGAUAGCUCAGCACCUUCCCGGGAGGACCGACAACGAGAUCAAGAAUUACUGGAGGACAAGGGUCCAGAAGCACGCCAAGCAGCUCAACUGCGAUGCCAACAGCAACAAGUUCAAGGACGCCAUGAAGUACCUAUGGAUGCCUCGCCUCGCCGACCAUCGUCUCCAUCGCCCAUCUACAACCAGUGAUCAUGUUGUGCCUCGACCGGUCAUGGGCUACAUGGAAAGCUCCGGCGUCGUGACGUCAUCCUCGGACUCGUUCGUGUCAGAGUCAUAUGAUUAUGCAAAUGCAGGCAUAAGAGAUAUGGUGAAUAGCGGGGACUGGACCCAACAAGAGCAGAAUCAAGGGUUUUGGCCUGAGCUAACCCAAACUUGCCAGAUGCAAGACUCAGAGCUCUCUGGGUGGGUACAAGGGUUCUCCGAGGGCCUUGCCGAAAACUUUUGGAGUUUGGAGGACAUUUGGAAGAUGCAAUGAAUUAUAUUUUAUGUUGAGAAAGGGCUGGCGUGCAUAUAUUGUUUAUGCCUGGUGUUGCCUUGGAUGAUAUACUUAUAUGAAAAGAACUAAAGAUAGUCUUAGUUUCUUCUAACUUCAAAAGUCACUAUUUUAUAGAAAAAGUGAUUAAAGUUCCUUUUCUCUUUUUAAAUCUUUUUUGGUCGGUUUUUGAUUUUUUUCCUCUUAAGGACUCGUUCUCCUGGAGGUUAAAGGGGCCAAGUGAGAGACAUAAUAGAAUUAUGCAUGAUAUAUAUCUGAUGUUAAUUAUACAAUGUACCAUUUCA